GAAAAAAAAUACUGCAAAAGAAGUUAGAGCAUCCGCAAUAUAUAACUCGAUUUUGGGUGUUUUAAGUAGGUUCCACGUACACGCAUAACUCAUUUAUAUACUCGCAAAAAUUUACAAAAUGAGUUCCACUAAUAUCAUCUUUAUAUCCUUUGUCAAUAUAACUAACUAUAUUAUCACCUCUUCUCUAUAAGUAUCAUUUAUUUAUUUUUUCUUCAGCAGGGUUACCUAUUUAAAACUAAGCCUCAAAUUCUAACGGAGACAUCUCGGAUUGACCAUUUAUAAAGAAAUUAAAUUUCAAAAAUAGCAUGUUAUCUUGUAUUAUUUUUUAGUUCAGUUUACCCAUGUUUUGGAGUAUGGUGACCAAAACAUAGUAUACUAGUGUCUAUUUGGUCAGAGGGAGGAAUAUGUUGCUUUUGAUAAAAUGAUAGUAUUAGAAAAUAUGAUUUGUCUGUUUGUGCUCUCAAUUAUUUAGAGCAAUUGAAUGUUAUUACUUAAAACGUGUGUAUAUUCUUUUUGAAAAAGAAAUAUGUGUGGUAUAUUUAAAUCAGAAUAAUAUUUAAAAACUCCACCAUUUGUAUCACAACAUCUUUAUUAAUGGUUCAGUCCAAAUAAAACAUCUUUAGUUGUUUAUAUUUGUAUCCUACACUUGUACAAUCAUUUGUUUAUUAACUAAUAUGCUUGUUUAAGUUCUUUCUCUUCAAUUCAUUGUUGAAAGAGUAUGUAUGCAUGUUGAGAUUGAAAAAUGGCCUUAGACAAAAUUCAUUCUUGGAGUUUAGGAGGAAUUAUUGGAUCCUUUAUUGACCUUUUUCUAGCUUAUGUAUUGCUAUGUGUAUCAACUAUUACUUUCUUUGCUUCCAAACUGUUACGGUUUUUUGGACUUCAUUUACCUUGUCCUUGCAAAGGGAUUUUUGGUUACAGGAAUAGAAAUUUAUGUUUUCAUGAUAUAUUGUUUGAAUGGCCUUUAAAAAACGUAUGUUCCAUUCAAGUAAUGGCGGCGAAGAGGUUUCCAUUUGAUCUUGUUUGGGUGAAGAAAGGUCAUUCUUUAGACAAUACCAAUGGCAACAAAAUGGUUGUUAAUUUUAAUGAGAAAACAUGUGAUAAUACUAAUGGGAUUGGUGAAUUGGAAGAUGAGAAUUCGUGUUCUGGUCCACGUUUGCUUUCUUUAAUAGACAUUGAAAGUGGAUGUGAUGCUAAGGGAAAGAGAGUUAUGAGUUUGAAACGUAGGUCUGGAAUUCGGCGGAGGAAGAGAGGUAGUUAUGAUUAUGGAAAGAACGAUUCGGUCAUUCCUUGUGAUACUUUUCGAUCUGAUGUGGUUGCGUUCUGUUCUUGCUUGCCUUAUGAUGGAAGCAACAAUAGUAUUGAAGAUAGAUCCAGUCAGAGCAUAAUUCCUGCUUCGGAGAAAGAAGUUAGUGUGAACUACGAUGGAGAUGACCGAACUUGCUAUGAUCCGGACGAAAAAAGCUGUCACAGUUAUGAAUUGAAUGCAUCAACGGUUGAUAGUCCAGGACAAGGAAUAUAUUCCCCGUCUUUGGAAUUACACUACAUGAAUACUACUGCAAAAGACAAUGUCCAAAUUGUUGAAAAUGAAGACAACCGUAUCAAGAUGUUGGAAAAAGCGAUCGAAGAAGAGAAAGCUGCUUAUGCUGCUCUUUAUCUAGAGUUAGAGAAGGAGAUAACUGCAGCUGCUACUGCUGCAGAUGACGCCAUGGCUAUGAUAUUGCGUCUGCAAGAGGAGAAAGCGUCAAUGGAAAUGGAAAUGAGACAAUAUGAGAGGUUAAUUGAAGAAAGAGCUGCUUAUGAUGAAGAAGAGAUGAAUAUUAUGCAAGAGAUUCUUAUAAGAAGGGAAAAGGAGAAUCUCUUUUUGGAAAAGGAACUUGAAAGUUAUAGGCCAUCACUUUCAUUUGAAACUUGUGAUGAUCCAUCACAGGCAGAAAGCAUCGUAUCAAAUGUGAAGAAAGAUUGCGCUGAUGCAGACCAUGGAGAAGAGGUGGAGGAAAACAGUCAACACAAGGAUCAAGCGUGCAAUGAUAUGCAUAGAUCCUUUUAUGAUACUGAGUCUGAUGUUCUUGAUGACAACAUUGAACUCGCAGGUUGUCCAGGUGCAAACUCAAAAUGCAAAUCUUUGCCUCGAUUCUGAAUGUGAUUCUUCGUGUUUGGAAUGAUUUAUUUGAUCUUAUUUAUUUUCAUAAGAACUUAUGAGACUGGAGACUGUUUGCAAGAGCUUAUGGAAGUAUCUUAUGACAUGUCAAUAAGUUAUUUCAGCUUAUUUCCAUAAGCUCUCUAGAUACACCUUAUAGCUUAUAGAAAACAAUUUGACUUUAUUUUAUAUUUU